AUGGCAGUGGCCUGUGUUGCUGGAGAGCCCCUGGAGCUUCCUAUAUCAGUGGCAGUGUGGAUAGAGGAGGCACUGAGACUUGUGCCCAUACCCGUCAGGAACCGAAACAUUAGAAAUGGAGCAGCCAUACGUGCUGUGUGGCGAGGAGCCCAGUCAAGCCCACGACGAGGACGCCGAGCUGAUCUUUGUAGUAGGGUUGAGCAUGGGCGUGACGACCCAGAACUGAUCUUUGUUGGAACAAGUUCAAGUUCAAAACCUGCUAAUUCGAACAUUUUGAACAGGGUCACCCCAGGUUCACGGUUGAAAAGAAAACGAAAUUGCCUGACAACAGCUACUCCUCCAAGACAGCAGUCCUCAGGUCCUGCAGCCCCCAGCUCGGACACAGUGAUCGUCUUGCCGGAGUCUCCGGCUAAGUCAAGGUCAACAGAUAGUCCUAUUAUUAUUGACCCAUUGUCCGAACCUGAUUGUAGAAGUAAUUCACCACAGAUCGUGCCUGAAAGCUCCUCAGAGGGUUCCCCUUUGGUUAUAGUCUCCAGCUCGAAGCCUCGUUCAGUAAGGGCAGCACUUUCAGCAGGAGCUUUAAAUGAGAGUUCUUAUGUAUCAAAGUGCCAUUCUUCUGAAGUCAAUGUCAUAAAUCCGCAGAGGCCUGAAAUUAUUGAAAUUGAAGAAGACCAUUCACCAGCAUCAUCUCCUUCAGGUACUUUCCAUACCCUGAGUCCCCAGCCGAGUCCAUGCUCCAGAGAUGUUCCCAGAUCUGUUAACCACAUUGUGAAUGGCGGAGCCCUCCUUCCAGUCCUCCGCAUCAGUCCCUCUAACAUACACCCUCGCCAGGAGAAAGGACCGGCAGGAGUGGGCUUUUCAAGUCUAGCCGGUCUAGAGACCUUGGAUCCCAGGAAGGGAAGUUUGACCUUGUUACUUAGUGACUUUUAUUACGGACAGCAUAGAGGAGAUGGGAAGCCAGAGCAGAAGACUCACACGACCUUCAAAUGCCCCGAGUGCUCGAAAGCGCUAAAAAACGUCAAGUUUAUGAAUCAUGCCAAACAUCACUUGGAACUGGAGAGGCAAGGGAACGACGACUGGGAGACCCACACUACCUGCCAGCACUGCCACCGCCAGUUCCCAUCCCCCUUCCAGCUGGAGUGUCACGUUGACCGUGUGCACACCGCCCCCGACCCCACUACGGUCUGCAGAAUCUGUGACCUGUCGUUUGAGACAGAUCACGUUCUGUUACAGCACAUGAAGGACAAUCAUAAGCCCGGGGAGAUGCCCUAUGUGUGCCAGAUCUGUGACUACAGGUCGUCCGCCUUUGCCGACGUAGACACGCAUUUUAGGAAGUGCCAUGUCAACACUAAGAACCUACUGUGUCCGUUUUGUCUUAAGAUCUUCAAAACUGCCACGCCGUACAUGUGUCACUACAGGGGCCACUGGGAAAGGAGUGGUCACCAGUGUUCCAAGUGUCGGCUGCAGUUUUUAACCUUUAAGGAGAAAAUGGAGCAUAAGACGCGGUGUCACCAGACGUUUAGGAAGCCUCAGCAGCUAGAAGGGCUGCCUCCUGAUACCAAGGUUGUCAUUCAGGUGUCCGUGGAGCCUGUGCGGUCAGAAUCUGUGAAAGUAGCAUCAAUCACUGUGAGCACAACUGACUGGGAACCGUCUUCCCCCACGUCUCAAGGCAGACCUUCAGAAAGGCCCCACUGACCUAAGUCAGAGCCCAGAGCCCUUUCUAAGAUGAGAGUCCAGCUAUACAUUUGUUGUUUAGAGCCCUUCCUCGAGAUGAGAGUCCAGCUAUACAUUUGUUACUCAUAAGUGAACUUUUUUUUUUAAAGUUGUGAUGAUGCAGGGUUUUUGUUUGUUCGUUUGUUUUUAUUUUGUGAGGGUUUAUUUUCUGUUUUAGUGCUGGGGCUGGAUCCAGGGCCUCCCAAAUUAUAAGCAAGUUCUCUAUCACCCCAUUCUCUGACCUAUAGUAUUUACUGAAUGAACAGUGGGUGGUAUUUAAAAUACAUCUGCUUUAAGAUUGUUUGGCUCAACACAAGGAAGGUGCUUAUGCCUGUAUCCUCAUGAAUGGGAAACAGAAGCUAAACCUAUUCGUUAGUAUUUUAUGUAACUCCUAAGCUUGAGAGCUCUUCUACCUAAAUGUUUGGAGUUUGGGGCUCACACGGCCCCACCUCUCCUUGAAGAUCUCUCUCUAUAUAUAAGUAGUUAAUGCUUGCAGGAGGGAGAGGUUUAGCAUGGGUAAGUGGAUGGGCAUACGUUCAUUCCAGUCUUGGAGCCAAAGAUAAAGUAUUGCCUGAAUGUCUUUACCGAAGAGAAGAUCCAAGGAGGCCGGGCCAUUGUAAAAUGCCCACGUUUUGUAAAAGGUCCCUAUGAACAUUAAAAACACAGCUGUGUAUCCUUAGUGCCACCUGAAGUAGCAAGAAUGGGGAAUCUGUGUCCACAGUCUUCCUGUCGCUUGAUACUUUAGGGUAGUGAGAUUCAUGCCCUCUCUUCUCCCGUCUGGUUAGCUGCAUUUGAAGAAUGAGCUGACCAGAGCAGUGAAGUAAGUGCAUUGUCUUCUUCCCGGGGAAAGAAGCCUUGGCCUUUGUUGUUUGAAAUGUAUUGAACCUUAGUUUUAAUUUAAAAGGUUUGGAAAAAUGGCAUCUGUCCAGUUUAUGACCUGGACUGAAGCAAAGUUUAGUUCUCAACUGUAGUAGGGACUUGCCCAGUGAUACUGGACAUAGCACAAAGAAAAUAACCCAGGGUGACCAGGAUUCCCGCCACGGUGGAGCCUUUUCACCUCGGUUUUCAGUGUAUGUGUGGCUUAUGGUUAUUGACCAUGUGAAGCUUGAGUGUGGUGAUGUGGUGCUUUUUUGCCCCCACUUGGUGCUAGGGAUUAAACCCAGGGCCUUACGUGUACCCGGCAAGGGCUCUGCCACUGAAUAGAUCCCUAGCCCCAGUUUGUAUCUUGCCUCAUAUUUGAGUGAUUAUAAUGACGUGCAUUCCCUUUGUUGUAUGUGUAAUUUCCCAGUUGAUCACGCUAAUACUGCUUGGUUCUUACUUGAAGCACUUGCGUGUGCAAGAUAACAUCCUAAACGAAGACUUGCUUUCUCCCAUCUAAUGUAUCUUAGACUCAGCUGGUCACGAGGAGGAACAAGUAGGGCACCCUCCGAGGACUGGUCCUCUACAGCAUCAGUAGUGUUAGCUGUUUGUAGAAGUUCCCAGGGCUGUCUCCUCGAGCCUGGUCCGUAGCUGCCUGCUGUUCCUCCAUGUCUAGCCCAGGUGCCCAGAUGCUGCUUUUCGUCAGCCAAGGAGUCUGGUUGCAUGCUGGUGAUACACGUGGGUCUGGAAAACUCUCCCAAGGCCCCCCUUUUUCUUUAGAAGUACCUUAUCUUGCUGGGUGUGGUAGCACACACUGGUGGCACCUGCUCUUGGGAGCCUGGGGCAGAAGGGUCAGCAAGUUCCUGGCCAAACUAACUACACAGCAAGACCCUGCCCCUUAGAGCCAAAAAGAAGAAAGGGGCAGUGAGGAUGGGUACCUUAGAUGCCCCUAGUUCCUUUCCCUCCUCAGUCUAGUGAAGUUUCCUUAGAUUUCAUGGUGAACUGGGAAGAGGCCAUCACCGGGCCCCGGCAUCCCUGUUAAGACUGAGGAAGAUGAGCGGUUGCUCGUAUCUUUUGGUGUCUUUAUUUGCUUGUGCUUGACCCAUGGAUUGAUUGUGGUCUGCAUCUUGACUAUUUUGAUAGGCCCUUUGAACGAGUUUUCUUGGGCCAAGGCACACUAAGUUUUCCCUGUCCCUUUCCUUGAGGUGUGGAAAGGGUUGUUUGUCCUACUGUGCUUGAAUGAAUCUGCAGACUUGUGUGCUGUCUGCGGUAGAAAAUAAAAACCACCUCAGACCUGUUUUUAGCGAGUGCUUAGUGUGGCCAGCACCUUGGCUGUCCUAUGCUGUUUCACUUCAGUGCUCCUAAGGAGUAUGGAUUGUUGUUUACUGCUAAAGGAGGCCCCAGGGCUGUGGCCCGGAGCCAGCCCCAGAGCCUACCUGUCUCCCGUCUGCUGCCCCUUCCCAGUCUCCCCCGCUGCUGCACUAUUCUGACCUAUUGUAUUGGCCUUGUUCCCCAGAUUCCCGUUUCUUCCCGAUGCAAAGACUGCACAGGCUUCCUCAGUGCUCUCCCCAGGCCUGCAUGGCUUGCUACCUCACACGUGGUUUAUUGAGCUUGUCAAGAUUUUUAGAGGACUAGAACUCCCCCCCCCCUUUUGAAGUCCUGUUUAUCCCUUCUUUUUGAAGGCAACUUACCUCUUGCUGCACCUCUCUUCCCUCUGCAAUCUAGCCAAGUUUCCUAGUCACAGAACUUCAGGAAUAAAUCAUUAGCAAGAGCUUUGGUUCUGUCUUCGAAGUGAGCUAUAGCUUAAGUCCAUUCCCGUGCCUAUAACACAAAGAAGCAUAGUGAGCCGAGUGUUGAAGCUUUCUGUGUUACACGGGGAGCUCAUCUAUUUUUAAAGCAAUGCCACUUUGAUUUGUUUACACGCGCUGUCGAGAUUACUAUUUUGUUACUCUGUGAAGUCUGUUGCUUCUUUUUCAAAUAAAAGUUAUUA